AGUAAAAAUUUAAAAUGGCUGCUAGCGACACAAUUAAUACAAACACUUUUUCAAUACCUGACUAUUUGGUAUUUGCAGCCACUUUAAUGAUUUCAAGUAUAAUUGGUUUAUAUUUUGCUUGUGGCGGAAAACAAACAAAUACAAAAGAAUAUCUGAUGGCUGGUCGUGAAAUGCAUUGGUUUCCACUGUUUGUGUCACUCCUUGCCUCCUACUUAUCAGGAGUUACGCUAUUAGGUGUACCUUCUGAAAUUUUUACUUAUGGGAUACAAUAUAUUGUGUUGUGUCUGUCGUAUGUGUUUAUAGUGCUUAUAAGCUCGACAAUCUUUUUACCGAUUUUCUACAAAUUGCAAAUGGUCAGCUCAAAUGAGUACUUGGAAAGAAGGUUUACACCUGGUGUCAGAUCAUUAGGAUGUUUUCUAGUAAUGACACAAUCUAUACUAUAUCUUGCAGUGGUAUUGUAUGCUCCAAGUUUAGCAUUAGAAUCAGUUGCAGGAAUACCACUCACAGCAACCAUUAUUAGCACAGGUCUUGUUUGUACUUUUUAUACAACAUUGGGUGGAAUGAAGGCAGUAAUUUGGACAGAUGUGUUUCAAGCUGGUAUAAUGGUGACUGGACUUGUUGUUGUAAUGGUUAUUGGACUUAUAGAAAUUGGUGGCUUUUCCAACUUGAUUAACAUAGCAAAAAAAGGAGAGAGAAUGACACUCUUUGACUUUAAUCCAGAUCCAACAGUUAGGAAUACAUUUUGGACACUAACCAUUGGUGGUACUUUUAGUGGAUUGUCUGCAUGGACAGUUUCUCAACCUACUGUUCAACGAUUCCAAGCUGCAAAAAGCAUUGCUGAAGCUAAAAGGGCGCUUUUGAUGAAUAUGCCAGGUCUUAUAUUUAUUGUUUUACUAUGUGCAAUGGAUGGUUUGAUUAUUUAUGCAGUCUACCAUGAAUGUAAUAUUGGAGUAAAUGGAAUAAAAGCUGUGAAGAGUAAUGAUCAGGUGCUCCCGUAUUUUAUCAUUCAUAAAAUGGGUCAUCUGAAAGGUGUUGCUGGUUUAUUUAUAUCAUGUUUGUUCAGCGGAUCCUUGAGUACAGCAUCUUCAAGUUUAAACUCAAUGGCUGCUAUUGUGUUAGAAGACAUUGUCAAAAAAAUAAAACCUGGUAUAUCUGAAGUUGCAUCAACCUUUGUUUCUAAAACUAUUGCUUGCUGUUUGGGACUUGUUGUUAUUGGUUUAGCACUCUUAGUGUCGCUGUUUGAUUCCAUGGUUUUGCAGCUUGGAUACACAAUUUCUGGUAUUAUUGGUGGUCCUUAUCUUGGUUUAUUUUUUCUAGGGAUGAUGGUGCCUUUUUCUAACACUAAGGGAGCAUAUUAUGGAACUUUUUUUGGUUUAUCUAUAAUGAUUUGGUUAUCGAUUGGUGUAAAGAUGUAUCCUCCAAAUACACACGAGGCAGUGAGCUAUGUAUAUAAAUGUCCAGGUUUCAAUAGUACUAAUGCAACAAUGGAUUGGCAAAGGGGAAGUGGUGUAAUAAGACCUGUUUAUAAAGUACCAAACAUUAAUCCACAGCUUGCAUCUUGGUAUUCAGUGUCAUAUCUCUGGUUUGCUGCAAUUGGCGUGAGUUUUACAGUGGCUGCCGGUUGUUUGUUUUCUUUAAUAUUUAAAGAAGAAAAAAAAGUGGAUGACAGACUAUUAUUUGAUUACAAAGCUUUCUUUCAUUCUCUAAUUCCUUCUUGCUGUAGAAAGAACUAUUAUACAAUUGAUGAUGAUUCAAAGAGUUUUAAAAAUCUCGGUUCAAUUCAAAAUUUUCCAUCAACAAAAAAACUGUUUGAAGAACAACUAUAA